AUUCACUGCCUUGUUGGUGUUCUGGGCAUGGCUAGGGCAUGGUACAGCACAGCACAGUACAGCACCAGCGCCUCCAAGGACCCAGUGCUUCAGUUUAAACCCAAGAAACUACACUUAUUUCCCAUCCAGAGUGAACCAUGGGGAGUAAAUAUCCAUUCAAGGACACUGCAUGGCAUUUCUGCAUAGAAGCAGAGUCGACCUCUGACCUGAGACAAUGCCACAUAUGUAAACUAAAACGAAGAGAACAGAGACGAGAGGAGGAGCGUGAACAGCAGCUGAGGCGUGAGCAAGAGUGGAGAGAACAACAUGGAGGACAAGGACGUCAGCGGAGACAAGAGGAACGACCAGAAAUGCAAAGGAGAGGACAGUGGAUGGUAGAGUAUCACAGCACCACCCAACCUACACAGACACACUCCAAGGUGGAGCAUCACAGCACCACCCGGUCUACACAGAGACACUCCAAGGUGGAGUAUCAGAGCACCACCCAAUCUACACAGACUCACUCCAAGGUGGAGUAUCAGAGCACCACCCAACCUACACAGACUCACUCCAAGAGACGAGAGCAAGAGUGUCAAGAACAGUUGAGCCAUGGGCAAGAACUAAGAAAACAACAGAAACCAGAACACAAACUAAGAGAAUCUCAAAGAUUUGAACAAGAGCUAAGAGAAUGCCAGAGACAUGGACAAAAACCAAGAGAACGCCAGAGAUGGGAGCAAGAACUGCAUCGACAAUCAAAUGAACUAAGAGAACAACUAGAACACCUGAGACUGCAUAGAAGAGCACAAGUACAACAGCUGCAACAAGAGCAACAUGAACAACUGAGACAUCAACAUCACAGAGAACAGCAAAGAGAACAGCUGAGACGUCAACAGGAGUGGCCCACACAGGGAGCAGAACAGCUGAGACAUCAACAGGAGUGGCCCACACAGGGAGCAGAACAGCUGAGAGAUCAACAUCACAGAGAACAGCAAAGAGAACAGCUGAGACGUCAACAGGAGUGGCCCACACAGGGAGCAGAACAGCAGAGACAUCAACAGGAGUGGCCCACACAGGGAGCAGAACAGCUGAGACAUCAACAUCACAGAGAACAGCAAAGAGAACAGCUGAGACGUCAACAGGAGUGGCCCACACAGGGAGCAGAACAACAGCAGAGACUAACGCAAGAGCAUCAUGAGCAGCGUACAGGAUCGGGAAAACAAAAAAAAUCACUAAGACAAAUGAAAGUACUAAGACAUCCGAUGAAUCAAGACCAAGAGCAUCAAGAACAGCUGAGAUAUGAGUCAGAACAACUGCAUAUAGGAGCACAAGGAUUAAGCGAAGAGCUUAGACAAAGAGAAGAACUAAUAGAACAGCAGAAAUGUGAGCAAGACCUAAAUGAGCGACAGAGAGGAGUGCAAGAAUGGGAAGAACAGCUGAUACGAGGACAAGAUUGGGAAGAACAGCUGCUAUUAGGGCAAGAGUGGGAAGAACAGCUGAUGCAAGAGCAAACAUGGGAACAACAUUUAAGACAACACCAAGAGUGGGAAAAACAUGUGAGACAACAAGAGUUGGAUGAACAGCUAAGACGAGGGCAAGACUGGGAAGAACAGCUAAGACGAGUGCAAAAGUGGGAUGAACAACAGGAACAACAGCUUCUGGUGGGACAGAUGUUUGAUGUCCUCCUGUCAGAAUUUGAUGUCAUUGAAAGUGAAGAUGUUAAAGUUCAGAAUCUGGAGAAGAGGAUGAAGGUUCUUCAGAAUGAGCUAAUGAUUCAGUAUUUUGGAGGGGAUCAUCUCCCCUAUUCCUCUCUGUUGGCAAUAGACCAGACUAUAGGCUCUGAAGACCUGACCCUUAUUGAGCAACUGAAUGUGGUCAAGGCCAUGCUGCAGCUGACAGUGGAUUCUGAUGAUGAUGAUGAUGAUGGCUUCUCCCAACUCUCAUUAGGUAGGGAAUGUGACUUUCUUCUCAGUUUACUGACAUAUUUAUUAAAGGAAAACUCUGACCUGGCUGAGAAGAUUUUCUACAGAUUCACUGCAUCUGAAUCACCGCUUACAUCAGAAAGCAGUGUUAUUCUUGGCCACAUCCUAUUCAAUAACAUCUGGACACCAACUGAGAUAAUCACUUUUCUGCAAAAUACUACAAAGAGCCCAAGGGACCAAGUCACAGCCAUUUUGGAAACUGUGCUAACGUACAGACUGAGCUAUGAUUCUGCUGUAAGUGCUAUCAAUGAAGCAAAGCCAGUGUACUACCUACACCGGCAGGCGGGGAAAGAAAUGGAUAAAGACAUUGAGACACUGAUUAGUGAAAUGAGAGAAGCAAAGUACCCAAAGGAUGUGCUAACCAUUAUAGAGAAUGUGCUUAGAUAUGUUAAAAGCGAGCUGCUCAAAGUGUCUGAUAAAACAAGAUUAAGUAAAGACCAAAUUUGUGAAGUGAAAAGCAUGAUAUGCUCAAUGGAUUUUCAUAAUCCUGACAUUGCGUGUCUCUGGAAAAUGUGUGUAUCAAUGUCCCUUGCUGUAAGGGAGUGCAGGACUAGAAGACAUUGGUGGAAUACAGGAGGACUCUGGCAUCCUGAUGCUGAGGUCCAAGGCUACGUCCCUAGACUUACUCAGCUGGCAUCCGUCCUUCUACUGCUGUUGCCACGGGCGAGAGGAGAAAAGGGCUGUCUCUUAGAAAUAGCCACAGGAGAAGGAAAGACAUGCAUUUUAGCCAUGUUUGCUGCAAUACAAGCCAUCCGCGGACUUAAACCAGACAUUGUGACAAGCUCUCCUGUCCUGGCUGUCCGUGACCACAAGGAAUGGUGUGCCUUUUAUUCAAUGUUUGGUUUGACAUCAGCUGUGUUGCGAAAUCAUGAGCAUGCAUACGAAAAGGACAUAGUUUACGGAACAGUUGUUGACUUUGCUGCGGACAUAUUGAGACAAGAGUUUGAUGAUAAAAAAACCAGGAGAACUAGAAAGUUUGACAUGGUAAUUGUAGAUGAAGUUGACCAUAUGACACUGGACAAUGGAGAUUCAACAACAUAUUUGUCUGAUGACGAUAGUGGUCUGAUGCACAUAGAGCAGGUGCUUGCGGGCAUUUGGGCCAUGGUGUCCGCAUGUCGACAAAUAGAAAUGCAAGAGACUGGUGAGAUCCAUUGGAUCACUGCACCCCAGCUCUUCUACAAGACUGCAAUGUCUGCUUUGGGUGUCUCUGAAUCUGAGGACUUUUCCACCCUGGAUAUACUCCAACUUGGAGUGAAACUUGGGUUCUACUCACAGAAUGAGAUUGAUGAGUUGGUGCAGGCUGAGCAUAAUAUGGGAGAUGAGGAUGCAAACCAGGACUUUAGGGAUGCUAAGUGGAAAGCACUGGAGAACAUCAUGAUCAAAAUCGGACCAGACCAACAGUAUGAAGUACUGAGGGAGUUUGCAAAUGAAGUGGGCAAAGGUGACUCGAUUGAAUAUUUCUCAGUAGUUGACAAUAAAGCUGCUGUUUAUGAAGACAUUGUAUGUCCAAACUUUUCAAAGGAUGAAGUCAGACUGCUUCUCCUUGAUAAGGGCUGCGCAUGUCAAAUAAUACCUGAAAAUGAUUUAAUUUCCUGGACUGUUGACAAUGUGAAGUCAAAAAUAAAGUAUUCAGACCAAUGUGAUCCAAAGAACAUUGAUAAAUUCAGAGAUUUCAUUGUGAUUCCAGCUUUUCUGAAGGAAUACACAGAGCAGCAUUUGCGACUAUUUAUCCAAAAGGCGCUUACGGCCAUUGUGAUGGUGGAGGGCAGGGAGUACAUGAUCGAGAAAUCCUGUGAGGGUGACAAAAAACAGGAGGGUGACCGUGACAUUCAUCAGUAUGAUGCCAUCAUACCUGUGGACAUGUCUAAUGGGGUGCUGGAGAAGAGCAGAUCAUGGCUGGAAGGCCUCCAGCAGUUUUUGGAGAUGAAGCACCAACUGGCCAUCUCACCUCUGACCACUAUGACUAACUACAUGUCAAACAUCCACUACUUUCAAAGGUACCUAACAGGUGAAGGUGUAUUUGGGGUCACAGGAACAUUAGGAGGUGAUGCUGAGAAAGGUUUUCUAUACCGGCAUUAUGAGACGAAGAGCUAUGUGAUGCCAACCCACCGCCGAAAGAAGGUGGUUGAGAUCCCAGCAGUCCAGGUGCCAGGAGGAAAGGAACUGUGGAUUCAGAAAAUCUGUGAAACUGCAUGGAAAGUUGCAGACAGAGGACAGGUUGUUCUUGUUGUAUGUGAGGAUAUCAAUACAGCCAAUGAACUACACAGUGCAAUGAAAACCCAGGAGAAACAUCCAAUCAUCAUGUACACAAUCAGCGGGAAGCAUAAAAUUGAGCAACAAGCAUUCAGCGAAGGAGAUAUCAUUAUUGCUACAAACCUUGCUGGACGUGGGACAGACAUACAAGUCCAACCAGAGGUCAACAGAUGUGGGGGUCUCUUUGUGCUUCUGACAUAUUUUCCAAACAGCCAACGUGUAGAGAAGCAGGUCUUUGGACGCACUGCCCGCAAAGGAAACCCAGGCAUGGUACAUAUGAUCCUCAACCAAGAGCAGCUUCAGCCUGCGUACCAAGGCCAGUCUGUUGAUGUCAUGAGGCAGCUCAGAGAAGAGCGGGAGCUGCACCACAUACACUAUAUGGAAGAAGAUGAGCUCCGUGUCAUUCACUUUAAAAGAGAACUGUUCUCAACAUUUUGUGGAUUUUUAGAGGAUUUCCGCAAGAAGUACACACACACAGAGAGGCUGAGUUGUCAUGACAUGAACAUAGAUGAUGUUCCUGAGUGUUUCAAGAGCUAUCGUAAUAAAUUUGAUUAUCACCCUGCAGUCAGUGCACUGAAGCAAUCAUGGGCUUUAUGGCUCAAUCAACAUAAAAAGAGCAUCCGCAGGGCCAAAGUGGACGAAGACAUUUAUGAGUUAAUGCAAGAUCUUAGAGGACAGUUAGAACACAGGAGUAACUCACUUCUUCGGGGGAAAAGCACUAACCUCCAUGAUUAUAUCAAGCAGGCAGCAAGCAGAACUGACCUGCACCUCUUGAAUAAGAGAGUAAGUUAUGGAGCAAAGGCAUACUGGCAGUGCACUGCUGAAUGUGAUCAAUUUUACAGUGCUAUAGCUCUUUAUAACAAGGCAUAUGUUGCCAUCAACCUCCGUGAAGACGGCUACAAAGCCGAGGCAGAACAGCUACUUAAGGAAGCACAGGGUUUAGUUGAUGUGUUUCUGAUGGAAACAACAAACACUAUGAUUUUCUGCAAUCUCUCUAGACAAAAUAGUUUUAGAUCCCACCAUGAAAAUGCUAACUUCUUAACACAAAUGCAAGUAAGGAUGAAUAUCUUUCAAUUUUGGAAAAAUUACAUUGAGAAUGCGCUGGGCAUGCUAACACAAGUUCUGGCCAAAGGAGAAGAUGCCAUCACAGAAGAAUCCUCCGUAUCCCGUCUCCUGGCAGAAACCGAUUUUAUCACAGAAAAUGAGCUUGAGAAAAUGCACCAAUAUGGUUUAAAAAUUGUAUUUACCAUAGAAGAGAAGCCACAAUUUUCCUAUCAGGCUCUCAUCUGUGUAUUCAUCGGUGUCCUGCAAGUGGUAGCUGGUGCACUGGUCCUAGCCUUUACAUCUGGUGCGGCUACAAAUUUCGGUUUGGGUUUAAUCAGUGAGGGGGUGUCGGACAUGAUCAGCGGCAUUAUCGGAAUGGUUACAGGGAAUUUUAGUUGGUCCGAGUGGGCCGUCUCCAAGAGUAUCAGCAUUGGAAUAUCUCUGGUCUGUGGUGGAAUUAAUGUUCUGUCCUCAGCUCGCAUUGGGGCCAAGGCCAUAGCAAGUGGUGCCAAGUCAGCAACAUCUAUUGUAGUGAAGCAGGCAGCCAAGCAAGCAGCAAAGUAUGCCAUUCAGGAACUAGGGAAGCAAGGAGUACUUGCUGCUGUGAACUAUGCUAUGGAUAAAGGGUUCAAGGCUGCCUUUAAAAAGAUAUUUAGGACGGCGUUCAAAAAUAAAGUCUCCUCAUUACUAAGAGCUAACAGAGGCCUGGAUGAGGCUCUCGCUCAUUUAAUUUGCCAGGAGAUUCCAAAGGAAGUGAUCCAAACAAGGCCAGAUGAAUUUACAAUUGACCCCCAAUGUGAGAAGAGGCUUGAGGAAUCAGUCACACAUAUGUCAACUCAGGUCAUCCCAGAACUAGUGACCGAUCUCACAAAUGUACGUACAGUAAUCAGUGUCCUCUCCCAAGUGAGCCAUUCUGCCUUGCGUGUUCUGGAGAGACAAAAGGCAUCAGGGGUAUUGUUAACCGUCAGUAGAGUUUUGCUUGCAGCCGAGUACACCACAUCAGUUAUUGAGAUGGUCAAAGCAAUUCCAACAGAAGGCAUCAUAAACGACCAACUUGUUCCUCAAUUACUGACACAGAUGGACAAUCAAAAGCACGAGCAGUAUGUUCCAGAUGGAAGACAGGAGUUAGAAGAUGUGAAGCGUCUUAAACAAAAAUUCAUCCACACAAUUGCCAACAGUGUGUCUGAAGCAUUAGUUGAUGCUUUUGUGGCACACAUAACUUCCAUUGCUUCUCGAACUACUGGUUCAAUGGUGAACCACAAAAUUGGUAGAUGUGUUGAGAAUGUCCUUGGUAGACAUACAACAAAGCCAUUUUUUGAUGAACAGAAGAAAAAUCACAAAAUGAGAAUGGCCUGCCAGGCACCAGCUAAGUCCUUAUCCACCAAUGAGAAAAGUGAAUUGUCACACUAUGCAAAGGGUCUGAGCAGCUCGGAGAAACCUGCCACUGGGCUUGAUCUUCACAUUCUCACAAAGAGUGACAUGCUCGAUGGCAAAGGCAUCCGCAUCAUUAUUACCGAUGAACACGGAAAACCACUCUCUGAGGAGCGCUACCAAGGGAAAGAUAAAUCAGCUGGAGAUGUGACACUUCGACUAGUUAAGGAAAAGGACACAUCACAACAGAGAAAGGGUGUUCUGCAAUCUUUAAGUCGAAGGAUCCGUGGUGAACAUCAACCAUAUAGUGGCCAUUUUGAGGUUCUGAAUGCAGAUGGCACAUUUAGCCAAGUUCUUUCAGAUGGACAGAACUGUUUAUUCCAUGCUGUUGCUCAGGCAACCAGUCAUGGCCGAAAAGAUGUCAAUGAUCUACGAAGAGACGCAUCAAAGCUUCGUAGUGAGGUACACCAGGAGAUCCAACAGAACAUGUCAAACUAUGCUCCUCUUCUGAAGCUGCAAAGAGGAUAUGAGGAAUCCUGCAGGAACCCAGGACUUUUCACCAUCAGUGGAGGAACAAGGCAGACAAGAAGGGAAGGCAGACGCAACUUCAUGGAGGCCAUUAACUCUAGCCCCUUAUCAAAUGAACAACGAGAGGAGUGCAAAAACCUCCAUCUCGGCCUGGUUGGAGAACACGGAGAUCUUACAGGACGUAAUCAACAGCCUGGAGAUAACCAACGCAAAAGGGAGGCAGACCACAUACCACCCAAAGACUGCUACAAGAAAGUCUCAGAGAUUUUGGCCAGAAACCCACAGUUAUCGGAAGAAUUGCAGAAAAACAACCCAAAACUUUUUGAAGAAUUGAAUAAGUCCCCAUACUUUUUACUCUGCAUGAAGGUCCGUAAAGAACAUCAUAGACAAGCCCUCACUACUGGCAAUAGCACGGAGUCUCAGAUAUGCAGGAAUGAGAUGUCCCAGGCCCUCAGUAAAGGAGACGUGGAGACAACCCUGAAGAUGUCAUUCAUAACGGCCCAUCCAGAGACUUCACAGUGGCUCAGACAGGAUGCAGGAAUACAGCGGCAAACCCCUCACAACACCCAGCCCAGGGUUCACAGCGCAGACUACUAUCAAGUGGGCUACAGGCUGAUGAUAGAUAAAUACUAUGACAAAGGCCUCAUUGACGGCACUGUAAAGGACAGACUUAACUCCUGGGUAAACAGUGGGGCAUAUAGGAGUCGAAACACACAGGAGUACAAGUCUUUAAAGACGGCCAUUUCCAGGCCAUGAAUCCCACUGAAAAUGUGAAAAUUUUUUGAAAUUAAAUAGCACAUGCUUGUACAGUAUGAAAUAGUGCAAAUUUCCUCAGUGCUAAUACUAAUAUAUUACACAAUGUGUGUUUUAACACGUUUUUGUUUUGUUUUGUUUUUUGCCUCAAUGAUGACUGAACUCAAUGAAUUUGAUUGAAAUGUCCCUUAAGUAUUCUGCAUUACUGAGUGUGGAUUAUAUUUGAUCUGCACGUUGUAUGUGGGGGUUGUAGUGAAGUAGUUAAACAAGCUAAGCUUCCAAAAUUAAAGCUUCAAUUUGUUCAGUCACUAAUAAAUGAUAUAGAACUGGCCUGGAAAUAUUCCAUUUGUAUGAUGCUUUAAUCACAAUACAAAAUAAACAUACUCGACUUUG